AUGGAUCCAACACUCAACCAAGAGUGGACAUCCUCUGAGGUAGAGGAGGCAAGGUCACUCAUUGCUACGCUCGAAAGCAAGAAAAUCAUCUACGAAGAUAAUGAUGACAAUAACAAGAAGCACAACGACAUCGUGGAUGCUCUCCACGCAUUGUUCCCUUCAAAAACCAUGCAACAGUGGAGGGAGGAGAUCCCUAUUAUUGGAGGCUCCACAAAUAACACUUGCACCGUUCACGACCUUGUGAACGGUAACUUUGGGGAGCUGGGGGAGAGUAGUUCUAGCGGUACACAUGGGGUUUUCACCAUGGGUGACCGUGUGAAUGGGUACAACUUUGGCUUACAAGAGGAGGCAAGUACCAUGUUUGGUUCUCCAUUGGAGGAUAUGGAGGAACUGCCGAUGGAGGAGGACCUGCUGAUGGUAGAGAAUAACAUGAUGGAGGUGUUAGAGAACAAUAUUUUCAAUGAUCAACCAGUUGCAGACCCACAUCCAGGGAGAUUUUGGACCGCGGAGGAGCACAGGUACUUCGUCACCACAAAGACUGCAAUCCAAGUCUCCAGCCAUGCACAAAAGUACUUCAAGAGGCUAGAGAAGAGAGCAUUGUCCGGGAGGGCCGGGAGGUAG